GCUGUGGUAGUGGUUCAGAAUGGCUGCCCCCGUGUUGUGCCAGAUGAGACGGCGGUGUCCAGUCGUGGCGUACCUCUCUGUGGUCAGAAGAGAAUACGCUUCCAGUCCUCCGUCUCCUCCCUCUCUCUUCAGCAGGUUCCUUUUCCAGCUCAACCAGCACUUCCAUGAUGUAGAACAUCUCAUCAACUGGAGCAGCUGGCUGAGGAACCGAGUGGUUAGACGUAAGAACGUGUUCUAUGGCUACACGCAGAAGAGGUUUGGAGUCAACGUGGCAGCAGCUUAUUAUAUCCUGGGUCUGGGAGGAGGCUUCAGAUUUGCAGGUCACUCGGAUUGGUUUCGACCUGACUCGAGGGGGAAAUUUAGCUACGACUUCCUCAACACACCCAACUCGACUAUUGAGGAGAUCGACCUAAGCAGGACGCUCAUUAACCACGCUGGACUGGAAAACAUUGUGAGUCAGAACGAGCUGCGCUCCCUCUCUCUGCAGGGCUGUCCGGAGGUGGAUGACUGGUUCCUCGCUCGCUUGCAUGUGUUUGGGGAGAGCCUGCAGUGGUUAGACCUGUCCCACUGUCCUCACAUCACUGUAGGCGGCCUGGCUGCACUGCAGCACCUCCGGAAGCUGCGACGGCUGGACGUCUCCUCCCUCCCACGACUGCAGAACCCUGGUUUGGUGCGCAUCCUUCUGGAGGAGAUGCUGCCCCACUGCGAGGUCAUUGGAGCAGAUUAUGAACAGGGACUUAUCCUCACCGACAACGUAGAGGAAGCUGAGCCAGUGAGGCACAAAUAGUUGCCUCAAACAGAAAAAUCCAAAUGUGGUGAUGGGACUGUGGACACUGUAAAUCACGUCCUCUCCCUGUGGAUAUACAACCUACUUUAUGAAAUCAAGCAGUUGACAGUUAAUCACAUUUCGGGGACAGUCUGAAGUGCUUAACGUGGCUUAAUAUGCUAAAACAAUCAUGCAGGAAACCAAACUUCUCACAUUUACUGGCCAUAAAAAUUCUCUCAUGCCAAAAGAACAAAACUGCAAUCCACAGACAAAGCAGUUGUUUUUACUUUAGUCUUUUUACUGCUUAAUGUGGGUCAAAGGGUCUUUUAAAGGGUCACUCUGGCUUAAAACUAGGGCUAAUCUCCUGUUAGCUGUAUGGGUGGGGCUAAACUGCUGUAGGCUGUAUGGGUGGGGCUAAACUACUGUAGGCUGAAUGGGUGGGGCUAAACUGCUGUAGGCUGAAUGGGUGGGCUAAACUGUUGUGUGGGUGGGGCUAAACUGUUGUAGGCUGAAUGGGUGGGGCUAAACUGCUGUAGGCUGUAUGGGUGGGGCUAAACUCCUGUAGGCUGUAUGGGUCUGGCCAAACUGCUGUAGUCUGUAUAGGUGGGGCUAAACUGUUGUGUGGGUGGGGCUAAACUGUUGUAGGCUGAAUGGGUGGGGCUAAACUGCUGUAGGCUGUAUGGGUGGGGCUAAACUCCUGUAGGCUGUAUGGGUCUGGCCAAACUGCUGUAGUCUGUAUAGGUGGGGCUAAACUGUUGUGUGGGUGGGGCUAAACUGUUGUAGGCUGAAUGGGUGGGGCUAAACUGC